GGUUCCAUCGACGACUCAUUCACUCACUGGUCUUCUCUUAUUUCCAAUUCAAAAUCUAAAACUCCGAUUCCAAAUUCCAUCAAUCUUCUGCACACCACAAUGUUGCCCUCUACGGAAAUGCUCGCCAAUAUAAAGGAAGCAAGUCAAACCGUUAUCUCCACGCGCCGCCCGUGGCGCGUAUUUCUUGACCUCUUCGCCCUCACCCUCCCGUCCUCCAUCUCCGAAGCCACCACGCGCCUCGCUCACAACGUCACCUACUUCCUCUUCAACUACGCCCUCAUCCUCCUCCUCAUCUUCCUCCUCACCCUCUUCCGCCACCCACUCCCUCUCCUUAUUUUCCUCCUCCUCUCCGCCGCCUGGUACUUCCUCUACUUCUCCCGCGAUGACCUCCCCCUCGCAAUCCUCCCACUCGCGUUUCUCACCGUCGUCGCACUCUUCGUUACCGCUGCCUGGCUCAACCUUCUUCUUGCCCUCCUAAGUGAGGCCGUGGUGGUUUUCCUGCACGGCGUGCUCCGGAGUACGGAAGACCUUGUCGGGGACGAUCAAGAUUCCCCCUAUGGCAAUAUGCUGCUUGGUGACACUCCCGCCUCUGGUGCCUAUGUACCUGUUUGAUUUCUCUUUUUCCAUUUCUCAACUCUGAUGUACAAUUCACUAACAAUCACGCAUUUAUUCAUGUAUGCUGCAUUCAUUGUAUCAAAUUUGCCUUGUUAUUAGAUGAAUGAUCCCAUGUAAUUGGUGUGCUGCUGGGGAUUUCUCAUCGUUAUGAUAGGGUUUCCAUACGACUUUGCCCUGUCAUGUGCUAGGCUGAACUGAAAGAAAGCAAAAAUAAUGCAUUUGAGGACAAUUUAAAUGUAGUUCUUGUAA